AAAGGAGGAGAUCUUUUUCAAUAUUCUUUUCUAACUGUUCUGUGUGUCUUAUUUCCCAAUUUAUCGACUCUUAUAGUUUUUAUUCGUUUUAACCUUAGUUCUUUUCAUUUGAUUUUGUAUUGUCCAAUAUUGUUAAUUUAUGAACUCAGGUUUUCCGUUUUCCAUUUUCUAAAGAGCUUAAUUGACUCUAUGUUUUCAUCAAAUACGUUUGUAAACACAGACGAGCUAUUAUCAACAGUUUUUUUUUUUUUUUUUUUAAGCAUUCCAUAUAUCAACAGGUACGCGUAUAAUCAAAAAUAUGAUUAGACGUAUCUCAAAUUUAUGAUAAAAAUGAGUUUAGUUUCGAAAAAUCCGUGGUGGGGACGAUGGUUUCGUUCCCGAUGAUAUUUGCGCCAACGUAUUACCUCUGCUAACCAUCAUAUGGUUCUCUCUCAAGUCGUGCAAGUGAGAGAGAGAGAGAGAGAGACGGAAGAUAGCACAGACGUGGACAAACAAAAAAAAUGAACAUUCCAAACAUGACGAGUAAAUGAAUAAACGUGAAAAUUUAUCGAAACAAACGGAUCUAAUGAAGAGAUCGAAGCCUUGACUCAGUAAUUUUGUAAAUAAUGCUCGUCAAUUUUUGUGAUAAAUGCCUAAGAACGGAUGUAACUUGCAGCACAGUCAGCACUGAAGGUUAUGAAGUAACAAAUCUUGUAAAUAAUUCGGAUAAGGGUUUUUUGGCGUACGCCUGCAUCAAGCCUCCGGUAACCAUAGACUUUGUCUUCAUCUGUAACGUACAAAUAAGUCACGUCAUCGUGUGGCCUCAAAUCGGAGCGCAAAAAUCAAGUGGAUUUCAGCUGUCCGUCAAAACGUCGGAUGUCAAGAACCAGCCGUUCACAGACGUUUCAACUGCUUUCUUGCAGAAAGAACAGUCAGGAGUGUUGUUCUACAGAAGGGAUAUCUCUUAUCACACUGACAUUGAUGUACCUCCAAAUUUUGCUCAGCGUUACGUAAAGGCAUUGAAUAUUGUAAAUUAUGCAAAUACGCUGCGGCUCAGCAUUCUCAAGACUGAAAACUCAGUACCUGCACUUGGCAAGAUUGAAAUUUGGGGUAGAGUGGCUUCAAAAUGUGCAAAAGAUAUUUCCAUGAACGUCAAUGCUCUUUGGCUGAACCGGUUUAAUAGUAAACCUGCUACUGCGAGUUCUUCGGAUGAUGCAGUCGCCGUGGACGACAAUAAGAAACAGGAAGAAUCUAAGGAAGAAUGGAGAGCAAACAUAGAGAAAAAUUUGUUAAAAGUGCCAGAGGACUUCCUGGAUCCUAUAACUUGUGAAAUAAUGACUCAGCCAAUCAUUCUUCCAAGUGGCAAAAUAAUCGAUCAAAAAACUUUAGAGAGGCAUGGACACAAUGAAGCUAUAUGGGGUAGACCUGUUUCGGAUCCAUUCACAGGAAUACGCUUUAGUGAUAAUCGCAAACCUUUAGCUGCAGUUCCCCUCAAAGCAAGGAUAGACAUGUUCUUGCUGGAGCACAGUAAUGAUGAGGCGAUAAAGAAGCUACCAAGAGUAUUGGGUUCAAAAUUUAUGCAACAGGCUAAUAGUGUAAAUGUAAUAAAUUGUAUAUCUGCAAAUCUUGUAAAUAAUAUAAAUACUGUAAAUACUGUUAAAAAUAAUGCUAAUGGUCUGAAAAGAACUUUGCCAAGAGAAGAAAAUAGUACAAAUACUACUGUCAAGAGAGCAUUUCAUGGACAUUCAUUGCCAUUGGUAUCUCUUAGAAGUUCUGGUGUAUGUGCUAAAAGAUCUACAGGAAAAACUACAAGUUCAGCUGUUUCAAUAAGCAGAACUGUUAAUAAAGAAGAAAUUGUUAAGCAAAAUGCUGCCAUUGAAGAAAAGUUGAAUUCGAAUAUUCAAGUUGGUGCUAUGCCAACUUGCAAAUGUUGUUCUGAGAAAAUAUUUUAUAAAUUGCCUUGUGAACAUAUAAUAUGUAGGAAAGCAUUGUUGUCACUAGAAAAAAAUCAAUGUACCAUGUGCCAGUCAGAAUUCAAAACAAGUGAUCCACAAAGGUUUCAUUUAUGUAAUUAGUAUAAUUAAAAAAUUCAUUUUUGUAUUUGAUGUAUCGAAAGUAAUUUAUUAAAAUUAAACUUCGUUUUUUACAUAAAAACCAGCAAUGUGAAUUAAUAUUUCAGUGAUUACAUCAUCCAUUUUCUUAAUCAAUAUUUUAAGCAUAAUUAUGUUAAUAAAGUAACAAAAGAGAAAAAUGUUUUAGUAGUCACUGGGGAUUUUAAAAUUAUGUUCAAAAUACAUUCUUAGAUAACUAUUUUUUUGCUUUCUUUUGACUACUAAUAGACUUUUAUAACAUUAAUUACUACAAGAUCAGGUGGCCAAGUAUGUUAUCAGAUUUUUAUCACAUUCUAUAGUUAAUUUAUGUUUGUGACUAAAAUCGCAUGUUUUUUGCAAGCUUAUUUCUCUUGCUCACUUUAUACCUCUAAUGACUUCUGUUGUCUCUUUCCUCGAAUAUGUUUUUACAAGUAUAUGCGAAUCAAAAAAAAAAAAAAAAUGCC